UAGUUUCUUUUGUGGCGUUUAAAAUGACCGAGCUAACGAAGAACUUGGGAAGGAAGGAAGGAAGGAAGGAAGUGAUGUGUUUUGUUGUUUGUUUGGUGGCUGACUCGUUAACACGUCGAGCUCCCGCUGCGUGUAUUUGGGUGUGUUUGCUUGCGCGUACGUCGACCAAGUGGUUCUCAAGUCCCUCCUCAGAGAAACAAAAACACAAAUGUCUCCUCGGAACUCUACGACCAAGUAGAAGUAGUCGUCACCGUCACCGUGUUCGUCCCACAGUACAUUGAGCCGGAGGGACUCAUCGCUUGAGUUGUAGUAUUCGGUCCUUGAGGUCGACGUUUGCAUAAUUGCGGGGCAGGUACUUUGGAUUGGAGUCUCCAAGAAAGCAAAGCCGCACUUUGGAUCUUCAAAUGGAGCGGAUGGUCGGCCUUGACCGUUGCCCCGUCACCUGCCUGUCUGUCGGCUGAGGGGCGGAGUCUGUUAUCGCCAUGGCGACCGCGUCGGCCUCACUGGCCAGAGGUGUGGGCCUGGUGCUGGUGGAGUUCCAGUACGAGUACGAGGGCCGCGACGGCUCCGUGAUCUCCAUCAAGCCCAACGAACGCUACGUCCUGCUGGCAAAGACCAACGCCCACUGGUGGCAGGUGCGGCGGGACCACGCCUCCAAACCCUUCUACAUCCCGGCCAAGUACGUCAAGGAGCUCCCGCCCGACGUGCCGUCCCCCCUGGACUUCGCCCACCCUCCCGGUCCCGAGGCGGCGGCGGGGGCCUCGGUCCCCGUCCCCAUCCCUGUGCCCGUCCCCGUUCCCGCGACUCUGGAGGAGCUCGGCAGGACCCGGAGCAAACCCAGCGACGAACUAACCAUCCGGCUCAGACCGGAUGCGUCCGGAGUCUACCGUAAGACGGAGAAUCGCAUGUCUACGUUCGGUGUCCCGCUGGACCUCCUGGACUCACCGCUGCCCCUCGCCACGGGACCGCUCCACUCAGGCACCCAUUCAGGUUCUGACGCCCUCGAGAAGUGUGACGGGGUUUCGGGGAAGAUCCUCCCCGACGGCAAAGAGAAGUCAGGGAAGGCCCGCGUGCCCGGUUUCGGCCAGGCCGACCCGUCCGGCGUCCGGCCCCACGCGCUCCCAGUCCCCGUGGACACGCCCACCGUGCCCGAGGUGCACGCCCACAAGGAUCCCGAGGGCGUGCCCCCGCAGGAAGAUGCACAGGAACCGGCGGCCACGCCCAAAGAAAUCCAAGAAGGGGAAGCCGUCGAGCCCACGGAGGACGACUCGCUGGACAGCGACGAGGAACCGAAGGAGGACGAGUCCAACCACAUCUACGAGUCCAUUCAGGACCUCCAGCUGGACACCCUGAUUGGGCAGCUGAGCCCGCCCCCGACCCUCAAACAGGCCCUCGACCCCGGUCCCGACCCGCCGCGCCCCUUCUACGCCUCGGGCCGCGCCCCCUCCUCUUCGAGCGCCUCCUCUGAAGUCGUGAGCCCCUCCCCACUGAGCCCGCAGCACGGAAGGCAGGGCACUUCCGAGGUUUGGGAGCAGCUGAUGGACGGAAAUUCCGGAAGGCUCUACUACUACAACCGUCUCUCUGGCGCCACCUCCUGGAAGCCGCCGAGGGGGCCCGAAGACGACGACGGCGGCGGCGGCGGCGGGCUUGACGACUGCCCCCCGCCGCUGCCGGAAGAAGACUACCCUGUCGACAACGACGGCGUCUUCGCAACGCACGCCGAGCGACUCGCGAUCCCCAGAGCGCGCCCGGAGCGACGGGACGGCGUCCGGACGGCGAACGGGGACGGGCUGCCGGAUCAGCGGUCGGCGUGGCGACACAGCGUGGCCGAGGACACGUUUGUGUCGCGACAUUGGGGGAAGGUCAACGACUUUGCCGACUGCAAGAGGGCCUCGCCCGACACGGCGCAGCUUUGUGAUAGGUUGAGACUGAGGAGGAAUCUGUCCAAUCGCAGCACAGACUCCCAGCAGGGACACCUGUUGGAGAAGGCGGGAAUCGUAAACAAGACCAAAGUCGUCGAUAACGGCAGGAAGAUCCGGAAGAACUGGAGUCAGUCGUGGACCGUCUUGCACGGUGGAAUCCUCACCUUCCACAGGGACCCCAAGUCUGCUCCCAGCAGCAACAUGGUAACCCGCCUUCCACCUUCACAGCCACCGUCGCUCCUGGCACAGUCACGUGACUCCUGCCCCGUCUCGUCUCUCUCCGUGCUCCCCCGUGCCGUCCCUCAGUCCAAGGCCUCACAGAUUGUUCCCGAAUACACGGUGGAGCUGAGAGGAGCUUCCGUGUCCUGGGCCCCGAAGGACAAGUCCUCCAAGAAGAACGUGCUGGAGCUGAGGACUCGUCAAGGUUGCGAGUACCUGAUGCAGUACGACACCGAGAGCAUCAUCGCCGAUUGGCUGAAAGUCAUCCAAGACACCGUCCGACAGCUGGUGAGUCAAAAACCCGCAAACGGGCACGGACGCGCUAAGCGAGGAGGCCUUUUUCAGGAGCAGGAACACGCGUCGGACGACGACGACGACGACGACGCCUCCUCGGACAAGGAGGAGAAAGACAGGAAGCAGACGUCCAACAGAAGUUUUUCGGGCGGCGACUCGGAGCGGACGCGUGUUCGCACCAAACUCCGCCGCUUCCUCCAGAGGAGGCCCACGCUCCAGAGCGUCAAGGAGAAAGGUUACAUACGAGACAACGUCUUCGGCUGCCAUCUGGACACGCUGUGUCACAGGGAAAACACCACCGUCCCCAAAUUCGUAGACAAGUGCAUCAGAGCGGUGGAGAGGAGAGGUCUGGACGUGGACGGACUCUACCGUGUCAGCGGAAACUUGGCCGUCAUCCAGAAGCUGCGCCACAAAGCCGAUCACGAGGAGCAUCUGGACCUGGAGGACGGCCAGUGGGAGGACGUCCACGUGCUGACGGGAGCGCUCAAGCUGUUCUUCAGGGAGCUUCCUGAGCCGCUCUUCCCCUUCAGCUUCUUCGAAAAGUUCAUCGCCGCAAUCCAGGUUCCUGACUACAGUCUGCGCGUGUCCUACAUGAAGGACCUGGUCCGCUCGCUGCCGCUUCCCAAUCACGACACCAUGCAGCUCCUCUUCCGACACCUGCGCUGGGUGGUGGAGCACAAAGACACCACCCGGAUGUCGAUCCAGGGCACGGCCAUCGUCUUCGGGCCCACGCUGCUGCGGCCGCAGACCGAGUCGUCCAACGUGGCGGUCCACAUGGUCUUCCAGAGCCAGAUCGUGGAGCUCGUGCUCAACGAGUUCCACGCCAUCUUCGUGCCGACGUAGCGCAGGACCGCGCGGUGAAGCCGUCGAGUUCCGGAUCCUUCCGCAGGGGCAGGAGGAGGAGGUUGCGGGGGUUACCGGUUCCACUGACAUCCCACAAAAAAGAAAAGACUCACGACGUCAUCACUGAUGAAUAAGAUCAACUGCAAUUAUUUGAUGAUCAUAUUUUAUUGUGAAAUAUUUGCACGACUUCCCGUGCUUACGCUUUUAAGAGAUCCCACUAAAUCUUCUCGUGACAAAAAGAAGAAAUAUCCUCAACAUUGAAAGAUUUUUGUCAAACAAAACCGAAGCCAAGAACCUUGAGCAACUUUAUUUUGCUUGUCUGACAAUGGCAAUGAAACAUCUUAAAGGCAA